UUCAGCCUUCUGGUUUUCUGUUUUUACUUGUAGUGCUUUCUUCUAAGUUAUUCCUGGAGCACGGCAAGGUGAAUGACUCCAGAAUUACUUUUUUUAGAUGCAUUUGGUGGCUUUGCACCCCAGCGCCUCAGUGAUACUGUAUUUGUACUUGUAGAUCAAGUCAAGGACCUAGGAAUUGCAAAGAUGGUACUGAGAACCAUCUUCGGCCUCAUACCUAACUUACCCCUUUUCCUUAAGUGUCUCUUCAGUUGGAGCAGUGAAGCUCUUGAGGAGUACAGCUUAGCAGUUCUUAUAAAGUCCCAAAGUUUGAUCCACUGUUGAUUGGGCUGGGACAUCAGAGGAGCCAGUCGCUCUAGAGAGGAAAGCUCCAACACUGGAUUUGCCUGCCUGAUGUCUGAGAUGCCAUUUCAGAGGAGAUACUAUUGCAAUUUAAGUGUACUAGACAGAAAAGUCUACAUGUACAGGGCCAGGAUGGCAUCUUGCUCUGCAGCACCCGAGAAGACAGCUGUUGCAGUAUCUUCACCAACAAAAAUCUAUGUGGAGUCUGGGAAAAUUGCAAGGCUUUCAUGCUGGUUCAGAACAUCAAUGAUGAUUAGUGCUGCUACAUCUGUUAGCUGGAGCUAUCAAGCACUGGGAUCAAACAGUCGUCCCAUAACUUUUUUCUAUUACUCAGAUUGGAAGGCAUAUGAUGGGAAGAAUACACAAUUCAGUGGCCGAAGCAUUUGGGCUGGAAAUCUUUUUAAGAAUGAUGCAUCCAUCAAGAUAGCAUAUAUGCAACCAGCAGACAAUGGCACUUAUUUCUGUGAUGUUAAGAACCCUCCAGAUAUAGUCACUGCAGAAAGGGCAAUUGAAGUUAAAGUUCUGGAGAAAGAGAAUAUUCCUGCAAGCUCCGGAACUAUUUCAUCCUGCUGGCUACUUGUACUUCAGUUCUGCUGCGUUCUAGCCUCUUUGACAAACUACUUGUUCUGAAAAUAAAACACACCUCUUGAGGCAAUUAAGAA